GUUAGCUAAUAUGAGUUUUCCAUUCAAAACACAAUCUGUAAGCUAACGGAGAAGCUAGUAACUACUAUUAGCUUAGUUAAGCUAACGAAUCAUCAAACAGAUGAAACACUUCACUUUAGCAAGCUGUUACAGUUUGCUACAUGAAAGCUAGCAGACAUGAUCACUGCUAACAGUGAGCAAAUAUUAGCUAAUGGAUCAGCAUUAAAUAUUCACGUUAGCUAACAGUUCCUACGGUAGCUAGAACAGUUCACAGAGCUUUUUAGCAGCUUAAAGUCAACUGAGGUUAGCUAACACAUCAGUUCAUCAGAUUUAACAAUCCAUGUUAGCUCACGACUUCUUUAAAAUCUAUAACAGAGCAGUUAACAAGCAUUAACAGUUAGCCAAAGUAAGCUAAUGGAUAAGUGCAUGCUGGGUACAUGUCUGUGAGAGCAGUGAUGGUACGAAUGGUCGGAUGAGUUUUGGGAGCUGAGUGAAGUCGCUGCAGCAGAGAGACCGGUCCACAUAGAGUGUCAACAGGCAGAGGUGAAGUGUGCCUGACAGCUGGGUCAUAAGUGAGAGAGCUGGGUCAUCACCUCACCCGUCCAUCCCAUCAUGGCGGCGGCAGAGUCCAGCCCUCUGACCACUCACGUGCUGAACACGGGAGACGGCGUCCCUGCGGCCCGGAUGGCCCUCAGCCUGCACCGCCUCGACACCACGCUGAUGAUCUGGAGCAUGCUGAGCGUCGGGACUACAAAUGAAGAUGGCCGCUGUCCAGGACUAGUCAGCCGUGGAGCUUUCAGUCCGGGGAUGUACAAGCUGCGGUUUGAGACGGGUUCAUACUGGGACAGUCUGGGUCAGACCUCGUUUUACCCGUAUGUAGAGGUCGUGUUCACCAUCACUGACCCCGAGCAGAGGUUUCACCUCCCCCUGCUGAUGAGUCGGUUCUCUUACAGCACGUACAGAGGGAGCUGAGGGGACCACCGCCUGAUCACAGGGAGGGACUGAAGGUGGAUUUGUUGUCCUGGAGCUGAUUUAUUAUUCCUUUAACUCGUCCGGUCAUGUCUUCUCUUAUGUUACAUUUGAUGAUCUUUAAAUACAGCUUCUGUUUUAUGUUAUUUACCUGCUGUUUAUGUCAUUAUAACUUUAAUUCACCUCCACCUGACAGCAUUAAGGCUUUAUUUUUACCUUCAGGAAGUAUAUUGAUUAUGUCAUUAUUUUUUUUGUUUAAUUUUGUUGUAACAA